UAAUGUCAUCAGAUAGUAAUAAAAAGCCUAUAGUCAUAAUCCCAUAAACCAACAUGAACAUUAGGAGAUUGGAAAUUGAAUAAGUGGAUUAAAGUGAUGAAUUAGAAGCAUCAUCAGAAAAAAUCUCAGAAUAACAAUCAGAUGAUCCCUUUUUAAAUUUUGUUACUUCUUAUUCACUUUUCACCAAUAAUUCAGAAGAUACUUAAUUAGAUCUCACAUAAGUUUUAUAACAACUUAAUGAUAAGAUUUCAAUCAUCAAACCACCAUCAGAUCACUUAUUAGACUUUCAUUAGUAAUUAUAAAUUAAAGAAAAUCAAAUAAAUGAAUUAGCAGAUUCUCUAAAAUAAUUACCAGAUUCAAAACUUUUCUCUUGUAUUUAAGAUGUUGAAAAGUAAUACUAUCCUCAAAUUAUCUAGACUAUAUUAUAGAUUAUCCGUUGAUUUUUAAGAGGAAUUACGCACUGCCUAAAAACUAAGAAUUGUUUGA